UCGUUCCGGGAAUCGAAAGCGGUUGGAGUCAAUCACAAAGGGGCUGACGUCAGUCAGGCUGCGUGUCGCUCGAGCUGAGCUGAGCUGAGGUGCAGGUGCAGCAAUGUCUGAAUUUGAGAGAACAGCACAUCCUGAUGGUGCAAUGUCUGGAGGCGAUUGUAUUGAUGCAAGGCCCAGUGAAGGCACUGGAGGAAAUGUGCAAAAACAACAUGUUGGUGACAACAAGGAAGUGGAUCCAAUUCCGAAUGACCAGUGUAUCAAAUAUAAGAUGGACUACCAAUGUAUUGGCUACUGCAUUAUCUUCAACAAUAAGCAUUUUGAUCCCCAAACAGGCAUGAACGUCCGUAAUGGUACUGAUGAAGAUGUUGGUCGUCUGCAGAAGACAUUCAAAUCUUUGGGUUUUAAUGUUCAAAUUCAUAAUGACAAAUCCUGUUCUGAUAUGUCUAAAACUUUGGUGGAUGUUUCCAUGAAAGAUCACACCGAAAUGGCUAGCUUUGUCUGUGUAAUUCUUAGCCAUGGAGAAGAAGGUUUAAUUUAUGGAACUGAUGGAGCUAUUAAAUUCAACGAGUUAAUCAGAGUCUUUAAAGGGAACAACUGUAAAACAUUGCUUGGCAAACCGAAAAUGUUUUUUGUACAGGCUUGUCGUGGUAAUGAAUUUGAUUCAGGUGUUGAGGUGGACAGUGUUGGAGAAGAAAAUUCCUCACAAAAAAUACCUAUAGAAGCUGAUUUCUUAUACGUUUAUUCUACAGCACCAGGUUAUUAUUCUUGGCGAAAUACAUCCAAAGGCUCUUGGUUUAUUGAAUCUUUAUGCCAUGUGCUGAAUACAUAUGGCAAGAAACUUGAGAUCAUGCAGAUUCUUACCAAAGUCAACCACAAGGUGGCACUGGAAUUUGAAUCAGUCUCAGCACCAGAGUACAGCGGAAUGAAGCAAAUUCCUUGCAUUAUUUCUAUGCUGACAAAAGAAGUGUAUUUUAAUCAUUGAGACCUUUUUUGGUUCAGAUUAUUUUGAUCACAUGAGCAGAUUCCACAAUGAGUAUCCAAUAUCUCUUCCAGGAAUUAAAGAGCUCACUCGGGAUUUAAUUGAACUGAUGCAGAAGUUUUGUUAGCAAAAAUCAACUGGUUAGGUUUGAAAUAGCCUACUCUUUACUAAAGUGUUCAAUUAGAAGCAAAAGUUGAUUGUAGUUUAUAAAAGUCACCAGACCUGUAUUGGUGAGAAUUGCUAAAUUAAUGUCUAAACGGUAAUGUGUAUACCAAAAGUGCAUUCUAGCAAAAUGCAUUUGAAUAUGCAUAAUGUGUGUUCAGAUUCGAAGAAUAAUUUUGUGCCUCUGGCUAUCUUGAAUACACACGCUGUGCUGAAGAAUACUAGUCUGCAGUUUCUUUACUAAACUUCUGAAUGUGAAUCUUAAACUCCCUUACAUAUUAUCAGAAAGGUAAAUGUAUAGUCUGGUAACCUUUAUGUGAGUGGAGCUAAUAGACUAAAUUUAAAGUUAUAAUUGAUGAUUGCUUUCUAGAGAAAUGUUCAUAAUUUUUUACGUCACAAGCGAGAUAAACUUUAAUAACAAAACUUUUUCUAAGCCUGUGAAGGACUUGUUUAAACCUCAUAAAAUCUGAGCAAUAGGGGAAAAUGUGAAUAUUAAUCAAUGGACUUCAACCAUAACGAUCAGAUUAAUUUAAAUUAAUAAUCUGCAUGAUUACAUUGUUCAAAUCUCACUUUAGGCAUAAAUAACUGGCUACUUUGCAUUUUUCCUAAAAGCAUAUAUAAAACUGAAUAUUAAAAUACAAUGUGAACUUUUUUUCUAUUUUCAGACAACAAAAAUUGUGUUUAAAUCUCCCAGCUUGCAAUAUAUAGUAUUACUGUAGUUUUCAAAUGUUCAGUGUAAUGAAUCAAGGUUAUCAAUUAAUAAGCCAUAUUAAAUAAUAAGUUUUAAAGAACAUAUUGAACAUUACAGGUUUUCAAUGCUGGUAGGUUGACAUAUUGAAAGCCUUCUAGCAAUCGACUACAGCACCAGCAUGUUUCUCAUGAUUUGUGUGUUACAAUUAGUUCUGCUGUACAUUAUUAAAGUUGUACUCUUUAAUGACUAAUUAUAUAAACUUAAUCAUUGAUAAUAUGUUUACAUGUUGACCACUGACUUUGCUUGUUUAGGUGCAUAUUUCUGCAAUUGAGCUCUCUGAAAAUGAACGUUAUCAGAUAAAAUGUUUUUGAAUAUAUUUUGGUCUUAAACCAAAGAUGUCCUUUUUGGCUCGUGGUUGAUUGUACAAUUGUAGCUUUAGUGAUUUUUAUAAGUGAUAUCCAAAAUAAACUUUUUAAAAA